AUGGCUGUUAAAGCUUUUCUCGUCUAUAUUAUUGUAUUAUCACGGCUUAUAAUGGGCCAAUUAUCAUAUAUACAUCCGGGACAGUAUGGCCUUACUGGUAAUAAUGAUAUGUUUCAACAACAACAACAACAAAUGCAUCAACAACAGCAACUUCCAAUGCAUCAACAGCAACAGCAACUUCCAAUACAUCAGCAACAGCAGCAACUUCCGAUACAUCAGCAACAACAGCAACUUCCAAUACAUCAGCAACAACAGCAACUUCCAAUACAUCAACAACAACAGCAGCAACAUCAAAUACCUCCUCACCAGCAACAACAACAACAACAACAACAGCCAGUGCAAAUGCAUCCUCAACAACAACAGCCAGUACAAAUGAAUCCUCAGCAACAACAGCCAGUACAAAUGCUUCCUCAACAACAACAGCCAGCACAAAUGCACCCUCAACAACAACAGCCAGUGCAAAUGCUUCCUCAACAACAACAACAACAACAGCCAGUACAAAUGAAUCCUCAACAACAACAGCCAGUGCAAAUGCAUCCUCAACAACAAUACUAUCAAGGAAAUAUGCAAGGUCCCUCGAUUCAAUCUCCUGAAUCAAUUCAACCAAUUCAACAACAACCUUUACCCCCGCCACCAUAUAUUAAUCCAUUUCCACAACCUACACAUGAUCAUUUGAUUGGUCAAGCUCCAUCACCCCCAAUUAGUCCAAGUGAACGUUAUUUAGUUGGAAAUUUAUCUGAAUCAUUUUCAUUUGAAGUUGCACCACAGUCAACAAAAGUAACAUAUUUAGGUUUAAAUGGUUAUUCAUUAUAUAUAAUUGGUAUGGGCUUUUCAAAUAAAUCAAAAUUUAUUUAUGAUGAACAAAAGAAUCGUUUAACUAUUCGUUCACUUGAUUCAACAACAGUUGGUUAUUAUUCAGCAGUCGAUUCUAAUUGGCAAACAUUUGUUAAUAUACUUACUGCUAUUGAUGUUUCUUCUCUGCAAAUUCAUAAUGCUCAUACUAGUGAAGAUAAUAAUGGUUCAUCACCUGUAUCUUGUUCUGUAUCAAUAAUACGUUCAACAUUUAAAUUACCUGAACCACCAUCAUCAUUAUCAUCAAAUAAUCUUCCUAUAUUACCACCAUUAUCUUUACCAUCAUCAUCAGGAACAUCAUCAUCAACAAUGUUUGCUGGUACUGAAAAUUUACCACGUCUUGAUUUAUUUAUAUCUACACGUACACCAUCAACAACAUUAUUAAAUAAUAAAAUUUAUAAUGAUACAUUAAAUGAACAAAAUUUUACACGAACAAUUUCAAUUCAACGUCCAUUAAGACGUGCUGAUCAUAAUGGAACAAUUCAAUGCCAAGUUGAAUCAAAUAAUAAUAUUAAUAUUUUUCUUAUUAAAACAGUUCCUAUUAAUGUUCAAUAUGGACCUAAUUUAGAAGCAGGUGCUUUACCAACUGUUAAUUUAGAAAGUGAAGCAUUAAAAAUAAUUGCAAUGGAAUGUCAAAUAGAAGGAAAUCCAACUCCAUCAUAUGUUUGGUAUGAAAUGUCAAAUAAUAAUAAUAAUAGUAUAUCAGGAAAUAUGAUGCCAUAUUAUGGUCAUCAAAAUCCUUAUGGACAUCAAUAUCCAUUAUUACCACCAUCAAAUAUACCAACAGCUGGAUUAAAUGUAUUUAGUACAACAAAACAAAUACAAAGAAUUUAUCAAAAUCCAGGACAACAUUCUAUGCAAUGUCAAGCACAAUCAAGAGGAAAAACAAUUAAACAAGAAUUUUUUAUUACAGUUAUUCCUUCAUCUACUGGAUUGAAAUCAGGUGUAGGUGCAGAUGGAACUCGUGGAAAAUCAUAUAAAAUUCCAAUGAUUAUUGGAAUAUGUAUUGGUGGUAUUUUAUUUCUUGUUAUUAUUGCUAUUAUAAUAGCAGCUAUUAUUUUUUUAAAACGUCGUAAAACUAAGACUAAUGAAAUACGUUUACCAUCUGAAAAAUUAUCAAAUGAUAAACAAGGAAAAAAUCGUUGGGGUCAUAAUAGUAAUUUACCAAUUGAUUAUACAAAAAAAUAUAAACAUGAAGUAUUAAAAGGUGAUUCAUCAUCAACAUCACAUUUAGUUGAAUCAACUGAAAGUAGUGCAAGUCAAGUUCCACCAGUACCAAAUCGUUCAUCAUCAAUGACAAGUACACAUUCAUCAUAUCGUCAAGCUCCUCCUCCUGUACCUGUACCACUUGCAUAUCAAGAAGCAAAUACAUUUCCAGGUUCUCGUCCACCACCACCACGAAGACGUUCAUAUACACCUGAUGAUGAUGAUGGUGAUGAUAUUGAUACUAAUUAUCAACAUCAUCAUUAUCAUAAUCCAAUACAAUUAAAAGAUCAACAAAAAAUAAUAAAUAGUGAUGCAUCAUCUGAAGAAGAUGAAUUACAACAGCAACAACAAAUAAAUAAUAUUACCGAAGAUUCAGCUUUUCUUCCGAAAAAAUUUACAUUUCGUGUGAAAGCCGGUCCUGGAGUGCCAAAAAAACCAUCAUCAACACAUAAUCAAAAAGAAUAUCAUCAACAACAACAACAUGGACGUCGAUUGAUAACACCACCACCACCUCAAAAAAUGGUCGUCCAUCAACCAACAACAGUACAUCAGGAUGAGAUGCCACCAUCUUAUCAUCAAGUGUCUAAUCCAUCUUCUUCAUCUACUGCUUAUGUGUAUCAAGAACCGACUGAAGUUUAA